AUGAAUGGUGGUUGCUCAUCAGAUCCCACUGCCAAAAGGCUUGAAGGUAAGGUCGCCAUAGUCACCGGCGGAGCAAGUGGCUUCGGCGAAUGCACAGUGAGGCUUUUUAUAAAACAUGGAGCGAACGUCGUCAUCGCCGACGUUCAAGAUGAUCUGGGUUUGUCCCUUUGUAAAGAUCUUGGCUCUGAAAAUGUAAUGUACGUUCACUGCGACGUUACCGUCGACGGCGACGUGAAGAAUGCCGUCGAUGCCGCCGUUUCCAAGUACGGCAAGCUUGACAUCAUGUUCAACAACGCCGGCAUACCGGGAAAGUUGGAUUUCAGUAUCCAGUCUGCUGAUAACGAAAACUUCAAAAGGGUUUUCGAAGUGAACGUGUACGGUGGUUUCUUGGGCGCCAAACAUGCCGCUAGGGUUAUGAUUCCGGCGAAGAAAGGGGUCAUUCUGUUCACUUCCAGCGUUGCUUCUGUGACCGCCGGCGAGUCACCGCAUUCUUACUCGGUGUCGAAGCACGCCGUGGUGGGGCUGACGAAAAACCUGUGCGCCGAGCUUGGACAGUAUGGGAUAAGGGUUAACUGCAUAUCUCCAGGGGCUGUUGCUACACCGUUACUGACAAAUGCGAUGGGGUUGGAGAAGAGAACGGUGGAGGAGAUACUCUGCGCGUCGGCCAUAUUGAAAGGGACAGUCCCGACGGCGGAGGAUGUGGCGGAGGCGGCGGUGUUUUUGGGCAGUGAUGAGUCUAAGUUUGUGAGUGGGGUUAACCUUGUGAUUGAUGGUGGUUAUAGCACCACCAAUACGUCUUUUGCCAAUGCGGUUAAGACUUUGACGCCAUGA